CACUCCGUCCCCUGCUCGCCAAACGCACCGUCCAUCCCUCGCCUCCCGUUCCUCCUCCCCUCCCUCGCUGCUGAGUGCUGACGGAAAGAGGGGGUCGAUCGCCAUGCAUAACCCCAGGCCGGGCGGCGGGGACAUCGUGGAGAUGUCGUCGUCAGCCAGCGCGGCGGGCGAGGCGACGCAAAACGAGCGCGUGAUCCCACAUAGCGGCUCGCUGAGCAAGUCCAGCGCGCGGAAGAGUGCGGGGUUAGAGGAGCCCGUGACGACGCCGCUGUCCGCGCCACCGCCGCGCGCCUCGCCGUCCUCCGCCGCCAUGCACGCGCUCAAUGGGCUCAUGUUCAUCAGCAGGGCCGAGGGCACCGUCGGAUGGGAGGCUGUGGAGAGGCGCUUCCACGAGCUCGCCGAGAACGGGCUCCUCCACCGCUCCAAGUUCGGCGAGUGCAUCGGGAUGAAGGAGGUGGUGUUCGCCGGCGAGCUGUUCGACGCGCUGUUGCGGCGCAGCAACAUCUCGGGCGACAACAUCGACAAGGCGGAGCUGCUCAAGUUCUGGGACCAAAUCACCGACACCAGCUUCAACGGCCGACUGCAGACUUUCUUCCACAUGGUGGACGCGGACGCGGACGGCAGGAUGUCUGAGGAGAAGGUCAGACAGACCAUCACGCAGAGGGCGUCCGAGAACAAGCUGUCGAAGAUCACAGAGCAGGCGGAGGAGUACGCCCGGCUGAUCAUGGAGGAGCUGGACCCGGACAAACUCGGCUACAUCGAGGUGCGCAACCUGGAGAGGCUGCUGGAGGACCCCAGCCAGUUGGUGAGCAUCGGCACCGCCAAGGACAUGAGGCAGAUGCUGAGGAGCCAGAGCCUCCGUCCGACGCCCGAGCCGAACCCUCUCCGGCGCACGCAGUACUUCCUGGAGGACAACUGGCGGCGCGUGUGGGUGGUGCUCCUGUGGCUGUCCAUCUGCGUGGGUCUCUUCGCCUGGAAGUUUGCCCAGUACCGGCGCCGGUACGUGUUCCAGGUGAUGGGGUACUGCGUGUGCGUGGCCAAGGGCGGCGCCGAGACGCUCAAGUUCAACAUGGCGCUGAUCCUGCUCCCUGUGUGCCGGAACACCAUCACCUGGAUCCGCAACCACACCGGCGUGGGCCGCGUGGUGCCCUUCGACGACAACAUCAGCUUCCACAUGGUGGUGGCCGCGGGCAUCGCCGUCGGCGCCGGGCUCCACGUGGUGUCCCACCUGACGUGCGACUUCCCGCGGCUGCUCCGCGCCACGGACGCCGCGUACGCGCCCCUGGCGCAGUACUUCGGGGUGCCCCGCCCGCGCAACUACUGGUGGUUCGUGAAGGGCACGGAGGGGUGGACGGGGCUCGCCAUGCUCGUGCUCAUGGCCGUCGCCUUCACCCUGGCGAUGCCGUGGUUCCGCCGCGGGGAGCUCGCGCUGACGGACCUGCUGAAGCGGCUGGUAGGCCCGCUGAAGCGGCUGACGGACACGCUCAAGCUGACGGACCCGCUGAAGCGGCUGACGGGCCAGCUCAAGCGGCUGACUGCAGGCCCGCGGAAGCGGCCGACGGACCCGCUCAAGCCGACGGACCCGCUGAAGCGGCUGACGGGUUUCAACGCGUUCUGGUACACGCACCACUGCUUCGUGGCGGUGUACGCGCUGCUGCUGGUGCACGGGCACUACCUGUACCUGACGCACAAGUGGUACAAGAAGUCGACGUGGAUGUACCUGGCCGUGCCCAUGGUGCUGUACGCGUGCGAGCGCCUCACGCGGGCGCUCCGCUCCAGGGUCCGCGCCGUCAGGAUCCGCAAGGUGGGCGUGUACCCGGGCGACGUGCUCUCGCUCCACUUCUCCAAGCCGCCGGGCUUCAGCUACAAGAGCGGCCAGUACAUGUUCGUCAACUGCGCCGACGUCUCACCGUUCGAGUGGCACCCGUUCUGCAUCACGUCAGCCCCACAGGAUGAGUACCUGAGCGUCCACAUCAAGAAACAGGGCGACUGGACCGGCGAGCUCCGGAACGUCUUCUCGAGGGUGUGCCGGCCGCCGACGGAGGGCAACAGUCGGCUGCUCCGCGACGGCAGCGCCAAUUCUCUAUCUCUACGCUUCCCCAAGGUGAGGAUCGACGGCCCGUACGGCGCGCCGGCGCAGGACUACAAGCAGUACGAUGUCGUGCUUCUGGUCGGGCAGGGCAUUGGCGCUACGCCGAUGAUCUCCAUCAUCAAGGACAUCAUCAACAACAUGAAGCAGCUAGAUGGCGACCUGGAGGCCGACGCUGGCUCGGGCUUGGGCUCCGGCGGUGUCGACGCGUCGUCGUCGUCGUCGCUGCCAUCCUUCCGCACGCAGCGGGCCUACUUCUACUGGGUGACCCGGGAGCAGGGCUCCUUCGAGUGGUUCCAUGGCAUCAUGGACGAGGUGGCCGAGACCGACAAGAAGGGCAUCAUCGAGCUCCACAACCACUGCACCAGCGUGUACAAGGACGGGGACCUCCGCUCCAGGGUCAUCGCCCAGCUUCAAAUGCUCAACCAGGCCAAGCACAACAUCGACGUUAUUUCCGGCACCCGCGUCAAGACCCACUUCGCCAGGCCCGAUUGGCCAAACGUCUACAAGCACAUUGCGGAGAACCACCAAAACCAACGUGUUGGAGUGUUCUACUGUGGCGGUGGCCCGGAGCCGCUAAAGACGCUGCGCGAACUCGCCAAGGAUUUCUCGCGGAAAACCAACACCAAGUUCGAGUUCCACAAGGAGAACUUCUAGCGUAUAUGCAGCCUCGAUCUAAAGGUUUUCGCAUGACAAACAAUUCGGUACAUACUACAGUCGUCGGUGCAUAUGCUGUCAGUGACGAGGAGCCAUUAUGGUUUAGUGUAGCCUAAGCCAUCCUUAGAUUUUAAAGAGAUUAUAUCUUCCAUUAUAAUCGUAAAAGAAGAUGUGGCGUGUUGAUUAGGCUGUUGUGUUUUAAGCUUUUUAGGUUGUGAGCUCAGUUCACAUUGUUGUAUUUUUUCUCUUUUUCUCAACCAUACCUUAUUUUUCUUU